AGUUCAUUAUGGAACGACAGCUCUAUCCCACAACCGGUCAUCAUCAUUUGUUUUCUGUUGACGUAUUUACUUUCAUAAAUUGAUUGCAUUAGAACAUUCAUUCCAUGUCAUUCGCCUUAACUUCUAAAACCAAUGACACAUUACCAUGGCUGAACUAAAAGUUCGCAAUAAAAAUGUCUGUAUUGUUGUACUAGGGGAUAUCGGACGUAGUCCGCGCAUGGAGUACCAUGCAUGCAGCUUUUUGGAUCACAGUUAUAACGUAGAUUUGAUUGGAUAUGUAGAAAGCAAGCCCUUGGAGCAGUUGAGUACUGCGCUGCCGAGAUGUAAAAUUCAUGAACUAUCUCCGGUUCCAGUUACAAAUUUAACACCGACACUGAAGCUGAUUUUUAAGACAUUCUGGCAAACAUUAAGCUUAAUGAUUGCUCUUGCAUCCAUAAGGAGGUCAAGUUUCUUAUUGCUACAAAACCCACCAGGAAUUCCUGCACUAGUUGUAUGCUACUUGUAUUGUCUCAUAACACGGACAAAGUUUGUCAUCGACUGGCAUAAUUAUACAUACACAAUAUUGGCCCUAGGAAUGACUGGAGGAGAGAAAAAUCGAUUCUGUCGCAUAGCCAGGUGGAUAGAGCGGAAAUUCGGAUCGAAAGCCGAUGCCAACUUUUGCGUUACGAAGGCGAUGAAAGAAGAUCUUACGAAUAAUUGGAACAUCAGAAACGUCACCGUUUUAUACGAUAGACCCCCUCUGCAAUUUCAUCCAAUAGAGCUGACUAAGAAACAUGAGCUUUUUAUGAAGUUGUCCAAGGAGUAUCCUCAGUUUUUACCAAGCCGCUACGAUGAUUUGAAGGAGUCUGGUGUUGUGGAAUGUACAGCUUUAACACAGAAGCUUAGCAACGGUACGGUACUUCACAAACCUCAUCGAAUGGCGAUAUUAGUGUCUUCAACUAGUUGGACACCGGAUGAAGAUUUUGGCAUACUAUUAGAUGCCUUAAAAGUUUACGAAAAAGAAGCAAAUAACAGACCACAAAACUUUCCCUUCCUGUUGUGCGUGAUAACUGGGAAGGGCCCACAGAAAGAAGAAUAUCAAAAGAAGAUUGAACAGUUGAAAUUUUCUCAUGUUGAAAUUAUUACACCUUGGCUAGAUACAGAAGAUUACCCUACUUUAUUGGCAUCAGCGGAUCUUGGUGUUUGUCUGCACUGGAGUUCCAGUGGCUUGGACUUGCCAAUGAAAGUUGUUGACAUGUUCGGCUGCGGACUGCCUGUUUGUGCAUUCGAUUUCAAGUGCCUUCAUGAAUUGGUGAAGUCUGGACAAAACGGCUUCGUAUUCCAAAACCAUGAACAACUCGCAGAACAGCUAAUGUUCUGGUUUGAGAAUUUCCCUAGCAAUCCAAGUCUAGUCGAGUCCAAAGAGAUAUUCAGAAAGAAUAUGUCAUCGUUCCAAAAUUUAAGAUGGCAUGACAAUUGGACCAAUGUUGCACUGCCCAUUUUUAAUUCCUUUAUUUGAUCAAAUCAGUUUUCUUUAUUUUUAACUUUAAAGAACGGGAAACCAAAAAUUUUAUUCAAUAAACACAUCUAAGGCAA